AUGACAAACCAAUCAGAUGUAUUAGCAACAAUUGAAGCUAAUCUACAGAAAGCAAUUCAACGUAAAAAGCCACAAGAACAAACACAAACGCUAAAAUUUGAACUUGAUGGUCAAAUUCGAGCAUGUUGUUUGUCAAAACCAUUUACAUAUUCUGAUUUACUUGAAUGUAUUGAAAAAUUAUUUGGUAGACAUACAUUAUCAUCGAUUGAUUUUAUUCGAUGUUUAUUUUCACGUGAUGAUGCAUUACGUUUACCAAUUACAAAUGAUGAAGAUUUAAAUAAAUUACUUGCUAUAGCUGAAGCAAAUGGAUCAAAUAAACUUAGUUUUCUUUUAAUAAGAAACAAAUCUCAUACAAUAAAUCGAGUAAUAUCUGUUAAUAAUCAUGAUGAUUCAGGUUCAAUGUCUGAUGAUGGACAAACUCUUGAACUUGAUGAUACUAGUCUUGAUUCACCACCACCAGGUACGAUUGCAUCACAAAAACGUCGUACAACAACAAAUACAACUAGUCAAACAGCAAUACCAAAAGAUGGUGGACUUUUUAUACCGGAAUCAAGUGAUGAUACAUAUUCAAGUGGUGGUUCAUCUGUUGCCAGUCGAGAGUCGAGUGGAAGUGAACAUAGUUCAAGACGACGUUUACGAAAUGCAUCUUUUGUUAGACUUCGAACACCAUCAUUGAAUACAAGUAGUGGUAGUGGAAUAAAUUCAAGCAGUAGUUCGUCUCAAACAAAUUUAAAUGAAUCCUUACGUACCCAAUGUACUUGUUCUGGACUUCAACAUAAAUCUCCACAAACACCUACUAAUUGGAAAUUAGGUCGACAAUUAGGACAAGUUUUUCUUUGCUAUGAUGUUGAUACUGGUAGUGAAUUAGCAAUUAAACAAAUUUCUAUUCGUGGACUUAAUUCUGAAAUUACACAAGAAGUUAAAAUUCUUGAAUGUGAAAUAAAUAUAUAUAAACAACUUGAUCAUGAACGUAUUGUUCGAUAUCAUGGCGCACUACGAACAGAUGAUUAUUUCCAAAUAUUUAUGGAAUUUAUGGCAGGUGGAUCUGUACGUGAACAAAUAUUAAAUUAUGGUGCAUUAACAGAACAAUUAACAAAAAAAUAUACAAAACAGAUACUUGAAGGUCUUGUAUAUUUACAUGAAAAUCAUUUUGUUCAUCGUGAUAUUAAAUGUGCCAAUAUCUUGAGAGAUAUUUCCGGUAAUGUAAAAUUAAGUGAUUUUGGUACAUCAAGACGACUUAUUGCUAUUACCAAUCAGAAUCAACCAGACUCUGGAACUAUUGGCACAGCUCAUUGGACAGCACCAGAAAUAAUUCGAGGAAGUAUUUUUGGACGUAAAGCAGACAUUUGGAGUCUCGGUUGUACAAUAGUUGAAAUGUUAACGACUGGUCCACCGUGGCAAAAUUUACAACCAAUUGCAGCUAUAUUUCAUAUAGCUACUUGUGAAAAACCUCAGUAUAAAUUACCAGAAAGUGUAUCUUAUUUAGCAAGAGAAUUUAUUGAUGCAUGUCUAACAAAAGACUAUCAUCAACGACCAACAGCAUUAGAUCUUAUACAUCACCCAUUCGUAGAUAAUAUGCAUUCUCAUCAUUGCCAUCAUGACUCUCUUCAAUAG